AUGUCCGACACGAUGCGUGCCGUCGCCCAGUUGGGUCAAGCCUUCAACGUAUCUGUCAUCGAUCUUCCAGUACCAACAAUUAUCAACGCAACCGAUGUGAUCGUUCGCAUCAACGCCACUGCCAUCUGUGGCAGUGACCUGCACACAUAUCGAACAGCUAUGGGAUCUCCUGAACAGCCAUACCUGUACGGACACGAGGCCAUUGGCUAUGUCACAGAAGUUGGUGAUGCCGUUCAGUUCUUGGAGGUUGGUGACUAUGUUGUCAUUCCUGACAACAUCGACAAUGGCCAUUACGCUCUAGAGCCGGACUCUUACGUGGUACCACUGGGUUGGGGUGGUCUCGAAGGCGGAGAAGCUCUCCCUGGACUACAGACCUGGAUGGGCCUUACCUGGUCUGGCUUCCAGUCCGGAGACUCUGUUGCUGUCAUGGGUGCCGGACCUGUGGGUUUGCUUGCUGCAUAUUCUGCCUUGGCGCGAGGCGCAUCUCAAGUCUUCGUCGUUGAUGAAGUUCAGCAGCGCCUAGACCUUGCUGAAUCUAUUGGUGCGAUUCCGAUCAACUUCAACAAUUCCGACCCUGUAGAGCAGAUUCUCGCAACUUCGCCUGGAGGCGUCCGUCGGGGAGUUGAGGCAGUUGGAUACGAGGCAGUGAACAGUACUGGACAAGUUGAUGCUGGUAUCACGCUUCAGCAGCUGCUCAAUGUAACUGCACCUGAAGGAGGUAUUGGUAUAGUUGGGUUGUUUCCAAACUCGUUGCCCAAUUUUGAUAUUGGACAAGCUUGGCAAAAGACCUUGACCAUUGACGGUGGCGUGGUGUUACCUCUACAGAUCGCAUCAGAAAUUGUACCCCUGGUGGCAUCUGGACGAUUGAGGCCAAGUUUGAUUGUCAGCAGCAUCAUCGACAUCGAGGAUGCGCCUGAGUACUACAGACGAUUCAACAAUCACGACGAGACCAAGGUUGUUAUUCAGUUUCAUGAUUGA